GAGAGAUAUUCGUUGUUAUUUACAUCUGCGAUUAGUAAUAAUUAAAUGUCUAGAAAUUUAUAUAGACAACGAAUAUUUAAAACAUCAAAAUACUAUAUUUUACUUUGAUAAUUUAUUUUAGUGAUCUUUCACGUAGUUUAAACGUGCAAUGUAUUGUGUUUUUGACCUAAAUUUCGGUUUAAUACCAAAAAAUGUGUUACGUUUCCAAAUAAAUGAAGAAUGGAUGAAUAAUAAACAUUUGGAAUGGGCAUUUUUUAAUAAGAAUAUCGAUAUUUUUCUUAACACAUUAAUACGUGGAAAAUAACAAGUGUCUGUUAAGAGCUGGCCGAAUAAUACGAAAUUAAGUAUAUAUCCUCAAAAUGAGUUAUAAUAAGAAAGUAUCAUAUUUUUACAAUCCGGAUGUUGGAAAUUUUCAUUAUGGUCCUGGACACCCAAUGAAACCUCAUAGAUUGUCCGUCAUUCAUAGUUUGGUUCUUAAUUAUGGUUUACAUAAGAAAAUGCAAAUAUAUCGUCCCUAUCGUGCAAGCACUCACGAUAUGUGCCGGUUUCAUUCAGACGAAUAUGUAGAAUUCUUACAAAGAGUUACACCACAAAAUUUACAAGGAUAUACAAAAUAUCUUAGUCACUUUAAUGUAGGAGAUGAUUGUCCUGUUUUCGAAGGACUAUUUGAUUUUUGUUCUAUGUAUACUGGAGCAUCUUUGGAAGGUGCUACUAAAUUAAAUAACAAUUGUUGUGACAUAGCAAUCAACUGGAGCGGAGGUUUGCACCAUGCUAAAAAAUUCGAAGCAUCAGGAUUUUGUUACAUAAAUGAUAUUGUAAUAGCUAUUUUAGAAUUAUUAAAAUAUCAUGCUAGAGUAUUAUAUAUAGAUAUUGACGUUCAUCAUGGUGAUGGUGUACAAGAAGCAUUUUAUCUUACUGACAGAGUCAUGACUGUUUCGUUUCACAAAUAUGGAAAUUAUUUUUUUCCUGGAACAGGAGACAUGUAUGAAAUAGGAGCAGAAAGUGGCAGAUAUUAUUCUGUAAAUGUACCAUUGAAAGAGGGUAUAGACGAUACAUCUUACGUACAGGUAUUUAAGCCUGUAAUCUCACAUGUCAUGGAGUUUUUCCAACCAACAGCAAUUGUAUUACAAUGUGGUGCAGAUUCUUUAGCAAAUGAUAGACUUGGAUGUUUCAGUUUAAGUACUAAAGGUCAUGGAGAAUGCGUGAAAUUUGUCAGAGAUUUACAUGUACCUUUACUUACUGUUGGUGGCGGUGGUUAUACUCUUCGUAAUGUAGCACGUUGUUGGACAUAUGAAACAUCUUUACUUGUUGAUGAACAAAUCAGCAAUGAAUUACCUUAUACCGAAUACUUAGAAUAUUUUGCACCAGACUUUACAUUACAUCCUGAAGUUGUUACAAGACCAGAUAAUGCAAAUAGCAAACAAUAUUUAGAAGCAAUAACAAGGCAUGUUUAUGAUAAUUUAAAAAUGAUACAACAUUCACCGAGUGUUCAAAUGCAAGAUGUACCAUGCGAUGCAUUAUCGCCAGAAGAAGAAAGACAACCAGAGCCUGAUCCAGAUUCUAGACAAAAUGCACAAGACACGGAUAAAAUAAUUGAGCCAGCUAACGAAUAUUAUUCAGGUGAUAAGGAUCAAGAUAAAAUGGAUGUCAGUGAAACAUGAUGAAAAUAAAAGAAAUCUAAUUCUAUGAAUGAAUAAAAACGAAAAAGUCAAUUGUAACAACUGAAAAAUUACAGAAAAUUAUAUACUGUAAUAUAGUCACAUGUUAACUGUAAAUAAUUAUUUUGAUUAUACAGUCU